GCUGGUACCAGCCCUGGCGACUUAUGGUUCGACCGGUUUGAUGAAUGGCAAACGAUUUUUGCAAUUAGGACUCACUGAUAGUACGACGAUAUUGAUUCUUUACUUAAGUCGAACAGGACAGAGCUAAAUGAUUGCUCUGUAUAUGAGAUAGUACAAAAUAGUCGUUAAUAACUGUUUUCCACAUUAUUACGACUACAUUCAGAAUGUCUUUUCCAAACAAAGAAGAUCGCAUAAAGUGCUGGAGUCGCAGGGAUGAAUAUUGGCAAUGUCUCGAUGAAGGCAAAUCUCAAGCGGAAUGUGUAGAAUUUAGGAAACAAUAUGAAAAAUUCUGCCCAUCUCAAUGGGUGAAACAUUUUGAUCGUAAGCGAGAUUACUUGAAGUUCAAAGAGCAAAUAGAGACGGGGGGGUAUGUUCCUGAAGACCCAAAGGAAACAUAAGAUACUAAUCUUUCGAUUUUACUGUAUUCAU